GCGUCUGGCGUCGCCUCUCCUUCUCUCGGAGCCGGGGAUCACCCUACCGGGCGUCCGCGAAAUAUACAUCUAAAAUACGCCAUUGUGUCGACGUUUCUUUAUAUCUUCGUUUUUCUCCUGGCAUAAAACGUGCUUCGGUCCAGACGGAGAGUAGGAGCGUUGCCAGUCUUCUUCGUUUUCUUCGAACGUGGCGUUCGUUUGAUCGCCAGCGAGCACGCCUGCGGAGAGAAGCACAGCUGAAGGAAGCCCCGCCAUGGCGAAGUGCCCCAUCGUGACGCUGGCUGACGGCAAUAAGAUUCCGGCGCUCGGCCUUGGAACCUGGAAGUCAGCUCCAUCGCAAGUCUAUGAGGCCGUGAAGGAAGCUAUCCGUGUAGGCUACCGGCACAUUGACUGCGCGCUCGUCUACCUCAAUGAGCCAGAAGUGGGACGGGCCAUUGCGCACGCCAUCAAGGAAGGCCUUAUUACCAGAGAAGAACUCUUCAUCACCAGCAAGUGCUGGAACUCGUUUCAUAGUAAACAAAAAGUUCUGGAGUGCUGCAACAGGAGUCUACGAGCGCUGGGACUUGAUUACAUCGACCUUUACUUGGUUCACUGGCCUCAGGCCUACAAGGAAGGCGGCGACCUUUUCCCAAAAGACGAAAAUGGUGACAUUCAGCUGGCCGAUAUUGAUUACCUGGAGACCUGGGAGGGCAUGGAAGAAUGCAAGAGGAAAGGCCUGGUGCGCUCCAUUGGCGUCUCCAACUUCAACUCGGAGCAAAUCGCUCGACUCGUCAAGUCGUGCCAGAUAAAGCCGGUGAUGAACCAGAUCGAGUGCCAUCCUUACCUGUGUCAGAAAAAACUCAUCGCCCUGUGCGAAGACUUUCAGAUCAAAACUACUGCGUACAGCCCGUUGGGUUCACCUGACCGGCCGUGGGCACCAAAGGGAGAGAAGACAUUGAUGGAAGACGAGACGGUCAAGGCGAUCGCUAAGAAGCAUGGAGUCACACCGGCUCAGGUGCUUAUCCGCUAUCCGAUUGAACGGGGUCUCAUCAGCAUCCCAAAGAGUACAAACAAGGCAAGAAUCGCAGAGAACUUUAAGGUGUUAAGCUUUUCACUUGACCCCGCUGAUGUCGAAUCUUUGAACGGCCUUGACAAGAACUUCAGGGUGUGCGUGCUAGACGCGGAUGUCAGCAGCAAGUACUACCCCUUCAACAUCCCCUACUAGGACCAGGCGUCGCAGGGCUUGGUUGUUGUUAUAUUAAAGGUUGAAGCUUUUAACUUUCAGAA